UAUGGGGAAUUGGGUUUAACACCCCAGCCCUUAGGCUUCCCGCCCCACUUAAAGUGGGGAAAUUACCGGAAACCCUCAGGAUUAAUAUCGGUAAAUGAUUUUCCGAUACGUAUCGGUUUAUCAUUUACCGAUUCGUAUUGAUAUAACAGCAUCAGAUAGGUUUUGAAACAUAAUUUUCAAAACUCAUUUCCCUCCCCAAAUCACUCCCUCUUCAAAUCUCUCCCAAACUUGCGUUCGGUCCCAUCAUCAUCAAAGCUUCCUCAAAGCUCCGGAACUCCCAUUCCAUUACAUUCAAAAGGAGAAUGAAGGGCGGGAGGAAGAGGUCUCGAUCUUCUACAGUCGAUGAUGCAGAGGAUCGCCACGAGCGCUUGCAUGCUUCUACGCGGCGCGGCGACCAUCGAGCAGCUAGUCAGGCGGUUGAGGCUUCGGCCCCGUCUCCGUCUCCGUCUGCUACUCCGGCCGGGGCUCCGUCUCCGUGUCCGUCUGCUACACCUCCGUCAAGUGGUCCAUCUACUACAGCUCCGUCAGGUACUCCGGCUGAGCCUCAGCCUCAUCCUACUCCGGUCUCUCCGAUGGUUGAGUUACCUCUUGAGGAGACAUCUGGCGAGCAGUCUUCUUCGGAGCCCAGUGGCGAGGAGUCUGCUUCUGAGGCCAGUGGUGAGGAGGAGGAGCCUCUUAUUCUCCAGGAGGAGAUUGAUGCUGCUGAUGUUGUGCCAGAUGUGGUGGCAGAGGGCGGCGCGGAUGACGACCUCAUCCAGAGGGUGGCACCGUUUCCCGGGGGCCUGAGGAUCUGUCGCUUCUUGCGCAUUAUCCUGACCACAAGGCUCCUUGGACGUGGCAGGCACUUCUUCGCACAGACCCGCGGUACGUGGACCGUCGGACAUUGA